GCCCUCAGUAAAGAUGGCCGUAGCACUUGGCAAGUGGGAGGCGGGGCUGCGCCUGCGCCACAAGUUCGGCGGGGAAGAUGGCGGAUGACAAGGAUUCUCUGCCCAAGCUUAAGGACCUGGCAUUUCUAAAGAACCAGCUGGAACGCCUGCAGCAGCGUGUAGAAGACGAAGUUAGCAGUGGUGUGAGCCAGGAUGGCUCGCUCAUGUCCUCCCCAUUUCUCAAGGGCUUCUUAGCCGGUUAUGUCGUGGCCAAACUGAGGGCUUCCGCAGUAUUGGGCUUUGCUGUGGGUACCUGCACUGGCAUCUAUGCAGCUCAGGCAUAUGCCGUGCCCAAUGUGGAGAAGACAUUGAGGGACUAUCUUCGGUCAUUGCGAAAGGGGCCUGACUAGCU